GAUGCUUUCACUGUUUUAGUUUCAAAGGAAAAUUAGGUCGUUAAUUUAAGUUCAGAUUAAUUAUAUUAUGUCAUCGGUUAUGUUUCGUUAUUAGUAUAAUAAUACAGCAGACACAGAAGAAAAUAGAAAUGGAUACAAGAGAAUAUCUUUCUACUGGUCUAAAGUUUGCUUAUGCAACAAUAAACAACCUGAAUGCCACCUGUAGGAAAAUAUCUGCUGCCAAAGCCUUCUUGUUAAUGAAUCGUGACAGGGUUAGACAUGAGAUGGACAGCUUUACCCGACGUUUGACGUCCAUGCUGGCUAUGAUGCACAACCAACUGGAAUUAGAAAUAGCCGACAUUGUCAAGUCUAAAACAGAGUACCUGGAAAACUGGGAGCAGCUAAUGUUUCAGAACAUUUGUAAGAUUGGCGAAGUUUGUAUGGAAACAGAAAGGGCAUUAAAAAUAGAGAAUGAGCACCUAGUUGACCAACGUGCGCCGAGAUUGAUAAGGCAAUUGCAGGUUCUUUGUGAGAUUGAAUUGGAACCGGACAGUGCUUCUUUCUUUGAGAAUUCAGUGAAGAUAGAAUUUGUCCCAGGAAUAGUGGAAGAAAUUCUUCAAAACUCGACAUUGGGGGAUUUGUUGACAUGCAGUGUAGAAAGCACUGCAUCAGAGAAUGGAAAUAUGACAAUGACAAGUGAAAUUUUUCAUCCAUCAGAUCAUGCCAACAAAGUGGAAAUUUUAGGUACCCAACAAUCCACAAGUGAUAAAUGUACUGCUAAAAGAAAUAAAUGCAACAAGUGUCAGUACAAUGUUGAUGGUUGCCAGUGUCCAUUACAUAGUGCUGAAUACGUUUGUGAGGUCAACAAUAACCAGUCUGAACAAGUCAAUGAAAAUGAACAACUGAUCACAACUGAAUCAAGGGUCUUCAUGCAUAAUAUUAACAACAGCCAAAGUUGUCAAAAAGAUCAGUCAACUGCUUUUAGGCGUCUCGAAUUUCAGAAGCUUGGAAGUCCAAAACACGUUCGUCUUCAUAUGUCGGAUACUACAAAUAGCACCUCGGAGAAUGAUGAAAAUACCUGGGAACCUAAACAUUUAUCCCCAUGUGUUGAUAAACAAGUGAACAUCGCAGCAUGUGAUUCAUCUUCUCUGCUGAACAGUGCUUCUGAAAAUGGGAAUAAUUUACGGAAGACUAAGGACUUGGCAAAUGCAAAUAAACAUGUGAACAUGACAGAUGGUGAUUCUUCUUUUGUCCAAAGCAGUGCAUUUGAAAACAUUAAUGAUUCAUGGCAGCUCAAUAGUAAUUGGGAGCUUAAAGAUACAGCACAUGAGACUGAUAAACAAGUGAAAAUAGUAGUUUGUGAUUCUUGUACUACUGAUCAGAAUACCUGCAGUACUGAAAAAUGUAAUGAUUUGUGGAAGACCGAGAAUUCACAAGAGUCUUGGGAGCCUAAUGAUACUAGACCACAGACUGAUGAAAAGAUGGACAAAUUGGUUUGUGUUACACCAUCAAGUGAUUCUUGUCCUGCUCAGAAUACAUGUGAUAUUGAAAAAUGUAAUAAUUUGUGGAAGACUGAGAAUUUAGAAGAUUCUUGGGAGCCUAAAGAUGUCAAACCACAGACUGAUGAAAAGGUGGACACAUUGGUUUGUUAUGCACCAUCGAGUAAAGAGUUUCAAGCAGCCAUCUGUGAUUCAUCCAUGCAUAGUGAUGCAUCUAAAAACAGUGAUUCCUGGCAGUCCAACAGUUCUAAAACUGUUACUGAGCCAUCCGCUGACAUUAUUCAAGUCUCUCCUGAAAUUUCAGUUGGGACCGGAGUUUUCAGUUCACAAGACGAAGGACAAUAUUUUGAUGCCAUACCAAAGGAGCUAAGUACAUUUGUAAAAAUGGAUACAACAGAGGUACCUCUCAGUACUUCAGCAUCAGAAUGCUGGGAUGACCUUCUUGAUGAAGAACUUAUUAAAAGAGACCAGGAUGAGCUGAAACUGAAAAAUGGUGAGGAUUCAACAAAUGGUGGACAAGAACACGCAUCCUCAGAUACCCAUAACAAAGAAAAUAAGGGAAAUGUCCAUUUGAUGUCAAAGCGGAAAACACAUGGUGCUGCUUCAGAAUGUGGACAAAAUGAACCUGUUGUGUCUGCUGCUUCAGCUGGACAAAAUAAAACUGAUGUGUCAGUUACUUCAAGUUCUGUAAAGGAACCUAACAACCAGAUUAAUUCUGAAUCCAAGAAAUCCAUCAUAUCUGGGUCAAUGAAAAAUGUGUUGAAGAAGCACAUUCAGUCGAAUGGUGCACCAUCUACACACCAGACUGGUGGAGUGAGAAACAAUGUGACAUCCAAAACCGUGUCCGGACAUGGUGCUGAAACAUGUCCCAACAAGACAUCAGCUAAUAAUACUGACACAACAGUUGAAUCCAGUGACCAGGCCAGUGAUCCUGGUAGAUCACCUGUUAAACAAGAUACACCCAAGUUAACAGAUUCUGAGAUGAAAAAAGAUACACCCAAGGCAACAGAUUCUGAGAUGAAAAACGAUAAACCCAAGGCAGCAGAUUCUGAGAUGAAAAAAGAUACACCCAAGAAAACAAAUUCUAAGAUGAAACAAGAUACACCCAAGGCAACAGAUUCUGAGAUGAAAAAAGAUACACCCAAGAAAACAGAUUCUAAGAUAAAGCCAGAUACAUACAAGGCAACAGAUUGUAAAAUAAAAAACGAUACACCCAGUGCAACAGAUUCUAAGAUUAUGUCACCAAAGACAAAAAGGUGGCAGAAACACCAAGGUUCACUCAAGAAUACAGGGAAGUCAUCCAGUCCCAAGAAACCCGCAAACAUGGAGGUGCCAGUGCAUGUUGUAAAACCUGUGAUGCCCAUGCAAACCUAUCAAGGAAUUGAUAUUUCACAGAUGAUUUGCCGUGGACCUACUUUUAAUGAGAUCCAUGCGUAUCCAGUUGCCCAGAUUGGUAUACCGAAUAAAGGAUACAAGCCCAUACUUCGGUUCCCCAUUGGCAUAACGAUCAACCACAAAGACGAAGUGAUUGUCUGCGAUACGGGUGCCGGGGUGGUCAGAGUAUUCAAGUACAACUGCCUGCUGUUUUCAUUUUACGAGAGCAAGAACGGUGUGAAGUUCAGUCAUCCUUCUGCUGUGGUGGUUAAUGAACGUGAUGACAUGUUUGUCAAAGAUGAUGUGGCCAUUCAUGUCUUUGAUAGAGAUGGAAACGCGCUGAACAUCAUAGGAAAGAAAUGUCUCAAGCGUCCGUAUGGUCUAGUCAUGACUACAGAUGGUAAACUGGUGGUGCUGGAUGUCGACAGGGACCGUCCGACUCUGUUUCAGUUUUUCCAGGAUGGCAGACUUGCAUCGAGUCCAUUGUUUGAUCCACUGACAAAGCUGAAGUCUGGCUCGAAAUGUCGCUUCCUUGCCCUUUAUCAGGACAAGGUUCUCGUCAGUGACUUGGGACUCAAUGUGAUGUAUCUAGUUAAUCUGGAUGGCAACGUGCUGCACACGUUCGGUUCGUUUGGGCACCAUGCUGGCUGUUUCAACCAGCCAUCAGGCAUUACUGUGGAUUCAGUGGGAAACUGGAUUGUGGCAGACAGCAGAAAUGACAGAUUACAGGUAUUCAAGUCAAAUGGACAGUUCUUGUGUCACAUGAAGCUGCACGCGCCAAUCCUUCGUCCGUCUGACAUUCACUUGACCGCUAAUGGUCACCUCUAUGUGGUGAACCUUCUCUACCAUGUUGUUAAUGUUUACAAGAUCAGUCUGUAGAUGUGCUUUUCUAAAGGGACUCUUCAGCCAGAUGCUGACUGGGCAUGUACUUGUACCUUGGCCAAUAUUUCCAAAGCUAUCUUAGCACUAUGAUGUCGUAAAACCAUUGGAGUCUAUGGCGAGUGUCGUAGUGACAUUAUAGCUUAUAAAUGAUGGGUUUUCAGUAUCAUAGAGAUAAGAUAGCUGUGGAAAUCUGUAGCCUGGGUUGUAGCUUGCAGGGUUUUCCUCAUGGAUAAAACUGCAACUGUGCAGCUUGUCAAGUUUAUGUUAACUCACGUACAUACAUUCUAAAAUGAUUGGUGGGUUUGAGGUCUCACCAGUGAGUGUCUGUUUAUAUUUUUCAUUUUGUUCAGCUUAAACUAAAGCAUCAUCCUU